GAUUUCACUGAGAGAAUCAGCUUCCCUUCUUCGAGUUAUCAGCUCAAGGAGAUUACCAUGGCUAAUAUCAUGAUUUACAAGCGCGAUCACAUCCUGGGAGAUUCGAUUACUAUCCCUGACUCUAUCAAGAAAAAUAAAUUCAUCAUUGAUUUCCCUAAGACAAACAAUAAGUGUAUGUUUUAUUGUAUUGCUUACCAUCUCGAUAACGAAGCUCGCUCUGACCGAAUGAUUAAACCGGUGAAGACUCGUAUCAAGCAAUAUUGUGAGUUCAAGAACAUUACAUACUCGGGUAAAGUAUUUAAGGAAAUGGAGCCAAUCGAUCUUAUGCAGUUUGAUGAGUUGGAGGACUGUUUCAACCUCUUAAUCAAUGUAUUUGAGAUGGAUCAACAAACUCUUGAGAUCUCGAAGAUUCGAGAAUCUGUGAAGACCUACGACAACGUUAUUAAUAUUCUUGGCUACAAGGGGCACGCCAUGUAUAUCAAGAAUAUUGACACAGUUCUUUCUAAGUACCCUUGCAACGUAUGUGAUGCUAUUUUCGAUACGUGCGAGAAGCUUAAGAACCAUAAGAAGACGAAGUGUCAAUUCGACGUACUCGAGUCAUUUCCUUCGACUCCAACGAUAUAUCAACCUUCGGAGAACCAAGUCAAGAAACUGCUCACUAAGUACUGGGUCAAAGGUGUCGAUCACUACAUCGAUCAUUUUAUUGUCUUUGACUUCAAAGCCAUUUUGAUGGAGACGAAUACUCAGCAUGGAGAAAGCACUAUUCACACGAAUAAGCAUAUUCCUGUGUCGGUUAGUGUAUGUGAUAGCCUUACGAAUGAGGUUCGAUGUUUCAUCAACGAAUCGCCUCUCCAACUUAUUACGGACAUGUUCGAAUACUUCAAUACAGUCAGCAAGCAGAUCGAUAUGUACAAUGAAAAUAAGUUCAAGCCUCUCCUCGAAGCGGUA